AUGGACGCUGCUCAAGUUAGUGUGGUAGGCGAGGACGACCAGGACAUGGCUACAGCCGCGGCGGAGGAUGAGAAAGUCCACAACUUGGGUCUUCUGGAGUCAGCCCACGAACUCGUGUCCAAAGGCGGCCAACCGCCGAGGGAGACGUGGGCAUAUGCGGCGAAAGCCGUUGUUGUCGGCACUCUGAACUCCCUGAGCGAUAUUGCUCUGGCGGUAUACGGCUCAAGCAGCAGCAUCCCUAUGCACUCGGAGGAAAGCUUCGUGGACGACGGCAUGGGCCCCGUCCGCCACAUUCCGUCCUGCGUCCGGCAACCUACCUCUCCCCCCAGUGUUGUCGCAGUGAUCGCUGAGGCGCUGCCGGGUAUCGACAUCGAUUCUCUGGCUUGUCAUGCGGCGGCGACCAAUCUAUACGGCUUCUGGACAUGUCCUUCCGCUGACUGUUCACAUUUUAUCGACGUUCUCUCUCUCCGCGCUCACGAGUUCGCCUUCUUGCGUCAAUUCGACAUUGGUCGUGCCGCUUCUGCGGUUGCUGCGUCUGGAAAGCCUCGCGUUAUCUCAGGGAAUCCCACUGCCGCCCGCGCCGCUCUACAACUCCUCGCGUAUCAACAUUACGAGUCUGCACAUCUGUCCCGGUGUGGCUUGGAGAUGGUCGUCUCGCCUACAACCCGAUCCUCGGAUGGACUGCAUAUUGUUACUUGGCGGUGGAAGCCGGACUGGGUCGAGCUCAUGCCCGACAUACAGGCCGCGUGCGCAGACGACGAACGGCGUUUGAUGCGGGGGCUGCGCGAAUGGAUAUCUGGCAAAGGCGCACGCGUUUGUGACCGGUUACGCCGGCCGUAUUGGGUGAAGGUCAGACUCUGGGCGCGCGCUGACCGGAGCGAACGCCAACGCAUUGUCCGCGACGCUCUCGAUGGAGGUCACAGCGAGUACGAGGCGGCCUUCGAGCUCUUCCGGGCGUGUCACCUCGGUGAUCUAUGCGAAGCCGAUCCCGAUGUCCGAGAAGCGUACGCUCGAGGUGAAGAACUCGAUCGAGACGUUCUGCACUUCACGAUGCUCCCUGCACGCCCUUGGCCCCGGGAGUACCCGGCAUGGGGCAGCUUAUCGGAGAAAGAGCGCCAGAAGAUCAUUGACGUAUACGUCAGUGCAGAUCAUGAAGCGCGAGUGAAGUGCGAGCGCCGAGUGUAUAAUUACCCGUUCUUGGUACCCUGGUGA